UUUCAGUGCUGUUUUACUCAUGUACUGAGUGGUAUAUGAUUGGGUUUGUCCCCUAGUUGAAUAUUUUCGAUGGUGCUCUGGUAAUUUGCCUAUUGCCCUUGCUUGAGUUAGUUCAGCCAUUGAAGCUGACUUCUUAGGGAAGAAGUCUAGAAAAUUCUGGUCUCUGAUUCUGAGCAUUUCAAGUCGAACCCUCUUUUUUCUUUUUUUUUCUUUUUUUUUUCUUUUUUCUUUUUACUUUUUUUUAAAUGUAUCUAAAUUGUUCUAGCAUGGAAAUACCUAAAAUGUUAUCAGCCUGGGAGUUAGCAAUGUCUAAAAUAUGCGCCACUGCAUCGUGAUUUUGUUCUGCUGGCUGUAUCAUAUACUCAGAUUGAUUCCAUCAGCCUUAUCAGAGUUACUGGAAAUUUACACUGUACAAAAACAAAACUAAACCUGAUCAUCUCUUCUCUUGCUGUAAGCACUGUUGUAACUUGUAAAUUGAUGCUUCAAAGCAUCAAUCCAAUUUUAUAAGAACAGCACUGCAGUCAUUUAUGGGUCUGCUAGGAAGAAAAAGCCUGGCUUUUUUCCUGGCUGGACUGGGUGGGGCAUUAUACAUCACAGUAUGUGUAAGUAGAGAACAACAAACCAACACAUGGCACUGAAGCUGACAGCAGUUUGUGUACAUGUUUUUAAAAAUAACCCCAGCAAAUGGAAGGAACACCAAAUAGAACAUUUUCCCAGGAACUGUCUAGAAGAAAACGCUGGUGUUGGACGUUUCUUCUACCUAUAUUCAAAAUUAAAUUCACCAGUCUGUUGUUGCCUUCAAGAUCAGAGGGGCUUCUGGUACUUGGUGCGUAAGGGGAUUAAGCGUAUCUUCUCUGCAGUAUUUGUCCCACUUUGUAUCCUAACAGAAGCACUGUGUGUCUGAGCCCAGAAGAUGGUGAAAUCCACCCUGAAAUCUGUAGAUUGUAUAUCCAGUUGCAAUGUUGCUUAGAAAUGUACACAACAGAAAUGCUGAAGUCCAUAUGUCUGCUAGGAUCACUGCAGUUUCAUCGGAAAGGAAAAGAACCUUGUGGGCCACCCAAGAUCUUAGAUGCUAAAGUGGAGGAGAGUUCUGAAGUACCUAUUUUAGAAGACAUGUCAUUAUCACCAACAGAUAUCCAACAGCAUCUAUGGCAGGUUUCCACAGAUAUUGAAAACACUGAAAGAGAUAUGAGAGAAAUGAAAAACCUUUUAAGUAAACUCAGGGAGACUAUGCCUUUACCACUGAAAAAUCAAGAUGAUAGCAGCCUCCUAAACUUGACACCCUAUCCACUGGUAAGAAGACGGAAGCGAAGAUUCUUUGGAUUGUGUUGUCUUGUCUCAAGUUAGAAGAUUAGGCACAGAAGCACCAAGGAAAUCAUGACUUUGAUUAUUUGACCACUGAAAAGAUAAAAGUGGCUAAUCUUGAUUAUAAAGUAUAUUUUCUACAGUAGGCUAUUCAUUUUUGUCUUCUGCUCCAUCCCCCUUUUCAAAUGAGAAUUUUAAUACUUUCAAAUUAUGGUGGUCAAAAAAUGGCUGUGGAAUAGAUCUAGCAUAUUUAAAACUUUUUAAAGUAUGUUUUGCAUGCUUACUUUCAAUCACUCAAAGAAGACACAUGAAUUAUGAUUCUUAUAUAAUUUUAGAGGGUUUUUUUAAAUGUUUGAGCUGCAGCUAAAAGUUUGUGUGUAGUACAGUACUCUUACUAGUGUCAUAUUAAAAUCAUACUCUUAGCAGUCUUUAAGCAUAGGAGAACAUUUGAUCAUUUUCUCACAGUCUUUAAGCGUAGGAAACUAUUCAAGAGCAAAACUAUUAAAGUUCUAAGACAUUCAACCAAUAUUGUAACAAUUUGUACAAAAUAUCCAGUUGCUUUUUUUGUGCUGUCAUUCAUAUUUAGUCUUCCACUGUAUCUCAACUUCAAAGCUUUAUAGAAAGAUAUCUUAAUUUAUGAUAAAAAUCAUAUAUAAAAAUAGGUAGGACUUGUAAAUACAGAGAAAUCAUAAUAUCUAUAAACUGUACAAUGCUUAGAAGCAACAAAUUUCCUUUUCAGGCAAUAGUAUAUCUACAAGCUUUUGGAAAAAAUAAAUAAUUUAUUAAAAGAAGGUGUAUUAAAAUAAACAAUGUAAAACACAACGCCAACCCAUUUUGUUGCCAGUAAAAUUCAAAGCAUGGUGUCUGCAUAUCAAGUAUUGAUCUUAUAAGGCAUGCCAAAAUUAUCUCAGACUGUAAGAUACUAAACGUUUUACAUUGUUAAUAAAGUUUUUUAUUUAAAUUAAA